UUGUCUGUCGUCCUUGCCUUGUACUGAAUCUUUGUUUUGCUGUCUGCGUGCGUGGAAGACUCAGAUUACGAUUGUUGUUGCCUGUUUGUCUUUUUUCAGAUUUCCAAUGUGACAACCCAUUUUUUUUUAAACUAUGUAGAUAGUAACCAAGCCUUCUAAAUGACAUGGGUUUGCUCAUAUGUUGUUGAUAUUUUCUGGUCAGAGUUGGAUUGGGUAAGACUUUUCUCUUAAACCCAAGGCACAGGUCCGUCAGGUUCUACAGCGCCAUCCUAUGGUUGUGUUUUUGUCAUAUCUGAAACAUUUGUACCUAAUGUUAUUCUGAACUAGUUAUUACCAUCGAGGAAAAUGUUAUCCUACAUUUCACACUUUAUUUAUUGUGCUUGCAUGACUCAUUUGACAAUCAAACACAAUGUCUCUUGGGCAUCAAAGGAACCAGGCAUCAUUCAAGUGGCCAGGCUCCUUUCUUCUCUAUUGCUUUAUGACACAGCAGGCCCACUCAACAUUUGGCUGUAGUCCUAUCACCUCCCCAUUGGCGUCGUUCACAGGGUCAAGCCACAGAUAAAGGCCCAGAAGUGACCCUUCUCUCCAGCUAAGAUGGGAGGAGCUGUGAGCGCUGGGGAGGAUAAUGAUGAGUUGAUUGACAACCUGAAGGAGGCACACUACAUCCGUUCGGACCUGGUGGAGCGGGCCUUCAGGGCCAUCGACCGGGCCGACUACUACCUGGAGGAGUACCGUGACAGCGCCUACAAGGACCUGGCCUGGAGGCACGGCAACAUCCACCUAUCAGCCCCCUGCAUCUACUCAGAGGUGAUGGAAGCCCUGGACCUGCACCCUGGCCUCUCCUUCCUCAACCUGGGCAGUGGGACUGGGUACCUCAGCACUAUGGUGGGCCUCAUACUGGGUCCAUUUGGUGUGAACCAUGGGGUGGAGCUGCAUGCUGAUGUGAUUGAGUACGCUUACCAGAAGCUAGACUACUUCAUCAAAACCAGCGAAAGCUUUGACAAGUUUGAGUUCUGCGAGCCCUCCUUUGUGGCGGGGAACUGCCUGGAGAUCCCCUCUGAGAGCAGGCAGUAUGACAGGGUGUAUUGUGGGGCGGGAGUGCAGAGAGACCAUGAAGAAUACAUGAUGAACCUGCUGAAGGUGGGGGGUAUUCUGGUACUGCCUCUAGAGGAGAAGCUAACCAAGAUCACGCGUACAGGCCAGAGCAGCUGGGAGACCAAAAAGAUCAUUGCUGUGUCCUUCGCUCCCCUGGUGCUCCCCAAAGAUUACACCAGUAACAUCAAACCCAAGACCGCCCCACUACCCAUGUUUGAGGUGCGGACGCUGCAGGAGCUGGCUCGUAUAGCCAUCCGUCACACCCUGAGAGUGACCACGGACAGCGGGGAGGGUCAGCCACGGGGCCGGGGCUCUUUUGGAGGAGGCAGGGGCCUGGGGGUCAGUGGGCUCCACAAGUACGGCCCUCGCUUUAAACGCCGGCGCAUUCAUCGGCGCCACUGCAACUCUGUGGUACUGAGCAGUGCCCUCCCUAUCUCCGCCCCCCUGGACAACAACAAUAACCGCGGGGGCCAGGAGGAGGAGCAGGGAAGGGCAACCCGGGGAGCGGGAGAGGAGGAGGAGGAGGCUGCGGAGGAGGAAGCAGAGGAGGAAGCAGAGAGGGAGACGGGGGAGCUACUCAGGGCAGAGCCACCUAUAAACAUCCUGAGAGAGAGGAUUCUCUGUCUGCCCCUCCCGGAGCCUCUGAAGAUGUACCUGCUGUACUACCGGGAGAAAUGACUUGUCCACAGAUACAACUAACAGUAGAAAACAGCCCCUGACCCCUACCACUCUUCUAGGCAGGGCAACAGGCCCCCUGUUACUGACUCACUGACUGGGUCUGUAUCGUUUACUGACUCACUGACUGGGUCUGUAUCGUUUACUGACUCACUGACUGGGUCUGUAUCGUUUACUGACUCACUGACUGGGUCUGUAUAGUUUACUGACUCACUGACUGGGUCUGUAUCGUUUACUGACUCGCUGACUGGGUCUGUAUCGUUUACUGACUCACUGACUGGGUCUGUAUCGUUUACUGACUCACUGACUGGGUCUGUAUCGUUUACUGACUCGCUGACUGGGUCUGUAUCGUUUACUGACUCGCUGACUGGGUCUGUAUCGUUUACUGACUCGCUGACUGGGUCUGUAUCGUUUACUGACUCGCUGACUGGGUCUGUAUUCCUCUUGUCCUCUACAUCAUCCUCUCUCUCUCUCUGUGUGUGUUUUUCUUACUCAAUGCCUUUCCUGUAUGUGUAAGAAGCAUACAUAUUGGACCAGUGUAAUGGUAAGGGUUUCACCUCUGUGAUAGAAAGGCUCCCUGGGAAUCUGUAGCUUAGCUUUCUCAAUGGCACAGAUGGCUUUCUCUGACAGACAAACAGAUCAAUUUUUUUUGCAGUAGUUGGGAGAGGAGGAUCUUUGUGAGAGAAAAAAUGUAUUUAAUUUUAUUCCCAUUUUAACUGGAGGGUUGGGUGGGUGUGAGUGUGAUCUAUCAUUCUGUGCUGUGAUUGAGCCCUGGACAUAUGGUGGUGUCUGUUAUCUUGUUGGAAGACUUCUUAUUGGAUGUUAAGUGUAGCCACAGGUUCCAGAGCAUGUUGGUUCAGGUCUUAACUAAAGGUAAACCACUGGAAGAACCACUGGAUAUUGCGUCUGAGCCAGAGGAGAAAUGGUUUGAAAUUUCAGUCGUGUCCAGAAGCCAGAGAGACUUUGUUUGGCAUAGUGGACAGGGAUUUGAGACCACACAGCUGGGAUUUUCCCUAUUAAACCCCCCCAAGUUCCCAUAACAUCAUAGAUCUGUUCAGGGGAGCUGUUUGUGUGGAGUUGGAACUCUGUAAAUAAACAGAGCUUGCACAAUGAGUAUCAGGUAGGAUUCCACAGUGAGGCCAUUUUGUUUUUGAUAUUGCAAAUAGCAACAUUGGUCUGAGGAGCUGGUAGAGGUGCCUGUUGAAGACGUGUGGUGUGGGGCUGGUAGAGGUGCCUGUUGAAGACGUGUGGUGUGGGGCUGGUAGAGGUGCCUGUUGAAGACGUGUGGUGUGGGGCUGGUAGAGGUGCCUGUUGAAGACGUGUGGUGUGGGGCUGGUAGAGGUGCCUGUUGAAGACGUGUGGUGUGGGGCUGGUAGAGGUGCCUGUUGAAGACGUGGGGUGUGGGGCUGGUAGAGGUGCCUGUUGAAGACGUGUGGUGUGGGGCUGGUAGAGGUGCCUGUUGAAGACGUGUGGUGUGGGGCUGGUAGACGUGCCCGUUGAAGACGUGUGGUGUGGGGCUGGUAGAGGUGCCUGUUGAAGACGUGGGGCUGGUAGAGGUGCCUGUUGAAGACGUGUGGUGUGGGGCUGGUAGAGGUGCCUGUUGAAGACGUGUGGUGUGGGGCUGGUAGAGGUGCCUGUUGAAGACGUGUGGUGUGGGGCUGGUAGAGGUGCCUGUUGAAGACGUGUGGUGUGGGGCUGGUAGAGGUGCCUGUUGAAGACGUGUGGUGUGGGGCUGGUAGAGGUGCCUGUUGAAGACGUGUGGUGUGGGGCUGGUAGAGGUGCCCGUUGAAGACGUGUGGUGUGGGGCUGGUAGAGGUGCCUGUUGAAGACGUGUGGUGUGGGGCUGGUAGAGGUGCCUGUUGAAGACGUGUGGUGUGGGGCUGGUAGAGGUGCCUGUUGAAGACGUGUGGUGUGGGGCUGGUAGACGUGCCCGUUGAAGACGUGUGGUGUGGGGCUGGUAGAGGUGCCUGUUGAAGACGUGUGGUGUGGGGCUGGUAGACGUGCCCGUUGAAGACGUGUGGUGUGGGGCUGGUAGAGGUGCCUGUUGAAGACGUGGGGCUGGUAGAGGUGCCUGUUGAAGACGUGUGGUGUGGGGCUGGUAGAGGUGCAUGUUGAAGACGUGUGGUGUGGGGCUGGUAGAGGUGCAUGUUGAAGACGUGUGGUGUGGGGCUGGUAGAGGUGUCUGUUGAAGACGUGGUAUGUCUGAAACUGUUGACCUACAGUAUGAUGAGUGUGGUUUAGAGACAUAUCUAAAGUGAUGCUAUUGGUUGCCUCUAUUCUGUUAGCAGGUUGACCUUGGCAGACUGGCAGUGAAGAUGUGUUUUUGAGAGUCAGCAUUCCAGAGAAUAACUGUAGCCGACACUAUGAUAUGAUCAAGUCCAGAAGGCGUUUCAGUUUCAACAUGAGACUGUUGGCAAUGCUUCUUCAAUUAUGACGGAUUCUGCUCAUUUCCAAAUUUAAAAGCACCUACUAAAGAUUUAAUUAGCUUUUUAUGUUUAGUAGAUUUAUUUUCCAAGAGGUCCUAUGAAUAUUUCUUAGCUCGUCCGUGUUGGGUUCAGUGGCAUUUUUAAUUCUGUCAAUUCGGGGGGGGAAAUAAAUGUAAAAUUUGAUUCAUAGGUAGGCUUAAAUUGAGUUGAAUUUCAUUAGCUCCUGAAUUGAUUGUAUAAAGGUGAAAUUGACUCUGACAUGUAUGUUUAUCUAAAUAUGCUCAUUUGGUUUACUCCACAAUCAGCAGUGAAAGCUUGCAGAGGAUCAUGUUUUUUUCCCUACAUACUAGUUGUUUUCCUAUUGGUCGAAAACAGCAUGAUGGGGGGGGAAAUGUAAACAAUUAUUUUUUUUACUGGUUGAUGCUAAUUAAUUUUGUUGAUGUAUGAAGGUUUGCUUAUCUUUUCUCCUGUCAUUCAAAACUAUUUGUUUAGUUAAUAUACAUUUUGAAGUGGAGUUUAGUGGUGUUCAUCAGCACAUGGAACAUUGUGUGUGUGUGUAUGUGUGUGUGUGUGUGUGGUAUUUGGUUUGUAAUGCAACAGGAAAAUUAAAAACGGACUAAAAUAUAUUUUUUUUAGAUCAUAAUCGCUACAGAUAAGCUACAGACCUGGAUGUUUUAACCUUUCACCCUUCAGUGCCAAACCUUCAGUAUGUCGCAUGAAACUUACAUUCUAGUUGAAACUAUUCUGAUUUGUCCUUUUUAAUAGAACAUUUGGAAAGAUGAACGCUUUCUCAUUGAUCAAAUUAUCGAUAAAUCUUUAUAGGGACUUGGCCAGGCAGAUUGCUUUGGUCGUCCGACUGUGUAACAGUACACGUCUUUUGAGUUUUGUCAUGUUACUUUUCAAUAUUGUGGUAGAUGACAAUAAAGGUCUUAAGUCUUUCCCAGUCUGCCUUUAUUCUGUGCUGUAGAACCAUUCCUUUGGCUUCUUUGAAUAUUUCUUAUUUUUUUAGUUCUGUCAAAGGUUAUCAUUUUGUGAAUGUAUGUGUUGUACUUCAGCAGUGUUUAAGGAUGUUUUGGAAUUUGAGCUGUACUAUUGAAUGCUGUUAAUAAAAUCAUUUAUGCAAAGUU